UUCUUCAGUCGCAUGUGCUGUUUACGUACUCGCAAUCAGUUGGACGAUUUUGUUAGGCUGUCAAGCUCAGUAGACGAGACGCUAUGUCGGUGAGUACCGAAAAUCUGAGUUCCCAUUUCCAGAAAUCGAGCCAUGGUCUGACGUGGAACGAGGUCUUCCGUCGCAGGAAUUGCUAUCUCGGUUGGACAGCCACGUGGCAGGCCUGCAAGAAAUCAUCAACGCCACGCGAGAAACGGCGUGCGAUCUGUCGGUGCAGCUGCAGACAUUAACGACCAAGAAUAAGAAGCUCAAGGUCGAAAAAGCUCAGCUCGAGCAAGAAAUCGCUCACUGCAAACAGGAAAACUGUCGCUUUAGGCACCAGUUAGAGGAGCGGGAUGUGCGGAUUGCAGAGCUAGAAGCGGCGGUUUUAAGAGCGACUAGUUUAAGGGCGACUGCCUUACGAGCGAUUACCUCACCCGUUGGACACAGUAGCACCCGCCCUAACGCGCUGGCGACGACAGCACCCUCACCUGUUCCGGGAAAGCCGGCGUUAGUUAAUGGGGUAGCGUCAGCUGUGACCUGUGGAAGGGACUUGGUUCUGAUCGAUGGGGGAGGGUCAACGGUAAUUGGUGGGGGGGGGGGGGGGUCAGGUUUAGUUGAAGCCGAGAAACGGCUGAGCAGAAACAGGCUCGGGCGUAUUACACCCAGGUGGUGAAACCCUGGCACGACGCCGAAAGCAUUGAGAUCGCCUGGCGGUACUGGAGCAGCCCUAGCGUCCUUGUUAAAGGGUUGACGCUGUGCAUCAGGUGCUCUGAGAGCGGAUUCAUCAAGGGGGUUUCUUGGCUCGCCGAGAAAAUGCCAGAGGCGAUUGACAAGAGGAUGAGGCGGAUGAAGAGACUCAUGGAUGCUGUCGAGUUUUACAGGGCAGAUUCUACAGAGGAGGCAACUUUGAUUGCGGUACAGAAGCUGGAUCGGGUAGCGUCAGCUCUGAGCCUCACUUGUUUGUCCGACGGGCUCCAUGUGAAGUCGCGAUACAAAGCCUCUCCUGCUGCAAAACCAGCGAGCACAACGAAAACCACACCCACAUCCAUCACAUGCUCGGCUAUCGCCGGCACACCCAUCACAGACACACCUCUGGCUGCAUCCCCUGGGUUCGGGGAAAAGCGCAAAAGAGGCGUUGCGGACCUGCAAGCUUCAGAGAGGAGGCAGAUCAACGUGGCAUGGCACCUCGUGAGCGAGGGGUUAGAGUCCAGUGAGCGGGCCUGGCGGCUGUGGGAGGGGGUGUGGGACGAGUGGUGUGCAAUGAAGGUUGAGGAGGCUGCUAGGCUGAAGCGGCUAGUAAGGGUGGGAGGUGAGGGAGCGAGUGGUAAAAGCUAGGGAGCAACGACAGCAGCAGCAGUGGUUCGAGCAGCAAUCGCAUCUCCUUUUAAAGACUACUGGAGCCUGAUAACCAGGUUUAUUGACCAAGGUUAAUCUCGAAGUCUGAUGCUGAGUUCGGAAGCGGCAUAAAAAUAUUCCAUUUCAAAAUAUCAAGGCGAUUUUGGGGUUACAUCACCACUUCUCCUUUAGUGCAGGUACUUUGAAUUAAGGCAGCCUACAUGGGUGUGUGGUUUGUUGUAGUAUGCUUCUUGUGCUUCCUAUGAGGAAAUUAU